GGCCGAGGGGCCGGGCCGCCUCCCGGGGCCGCCCGACGGAGCCGCGCCCCGCAGAGCGGCCUGGGCCAAGUGCCUGGCGCGGAGACUGCGAGGUCUGUGGGGGACAAGACUCAUGGAAGAGAGCAACACCAGCAGAGAGCAAUAUUUGAAAAGUAUAUUACGGGAACUGAUCACGUACAUGGUUUUCCUCGUGGUCCUGUGUGUCUUGACCUAUGGGACGGUGAGUUCCAGUAUGUACUAUUAUACAAGGGUUAUGUCACAGCUCUUCCUGGAAACACCCGUGUCAAAAACGGAGAAAACUGAUUUCAAAACUUUGUCCACAAUGGAUGACUUCUGGAAGUUCACAGAAGGCCCUUUGCUGGAUGGUCUUUACUGGGAGAUGUGGUACAACAACAAAACCAUGGCAGAAAACAAAAGCUUCAUUUAUUACGAGAACCUGCUCCUAGGAGUGCCCCGCAUUCGGCAGCUGAAAGUCAGAAAUGGUUCCUGCUCCAUACCUGAAGAUUUAAAGGAGGAAAUCAAAGACUGCUACGAUGUCUAUUCUGUAGCUAAUGAAGAUACUGCUCCUUUUGGACUCCGGAAUGGAACUGCCUGGACAUACACCAAUGAGAAGGAUUUGAAUGGCAGCAGCCACUGGGGCUUGAUUGCCACAUACAGUGGGGCUGGUUAUUACCAAGACCUCUCGAGGACCAGAGAAGUGACUGCUCUGCAGAUUGCAAGCCUGAAGAAGAACCUGUGGCUGGACAGAGGGACCAGAGCAGCCUUCAUUGAUUUCUCUGUGUACAAUGCAAACAUCAACCUGUUCUGCGUGAUCAGGUUGCUAGUAGAGUUUCCAGCUACUGGAGGCCUGGUUACAUCUUGGCACUUUCAGCCUGUGAGGCUGAUUCAUUACAUCUCCACUUUUGAUUUUUUCCUGGCAGCCUGUGAAAUGUCCUUCUGUCUUUUUAUUCUGUAUUAUAUGGUGGAAGAGGUCUUAGAAAUUCGCAUACAUAGACUGCGCUACUUCAGAAGUGUUUGGAAUUGCCUUGAUAUCCUUAUCAUUGUGCUAUCUGUGGUAGCUAUAGGAAUUAGCAUCUAUAGGACAUCAACUGUCGAUAUGCUCCUGAAGAAGCUGCUGGAAGAUCAAAACUCAUUCCCCAAUUUCGAACCCUUAGCAUAUUGGCAAAUGCAGUUUAACAACAUUGCUGCAGUCACUGUGUUUUUUGUCUGGAUUAAGCUUUUCAAAUUUGUUAACUUCAACAGAACGAUGAGUCAGUUAUCCACCACGAUGUCUCGCUGUGUCAAGGAUGUCAUUGGCUUUGCCAUUAUGUUUUUUAUUAUUUUCUUGGCAUAUGCUCAGUUGGCCUAUCUUGUCUUCGGCACUCAAAGUGAUGACUUCAGCACUUUCCAGGAUUGCAUAUUUACUCAGUUCCGCAUCAUUUUGGGAGACUUCAACUUCGCAGAGGUUGAAGAAGCUAAUCGAAUUUUGGGACCUGUUUAUUUCACUACAUUUGUGUUCUUUAUGUUCUUCAUUCUUUUGAACAUGUUUUUGGCCAUUAUCAAUGAUACCUACUCUGAAGUCAAAUCAGAUAUGGCACAACAGAAGGCAGAAAUGGAAUUGUCUGACCUUAUCAGGAAGGGCUACAACAAAGCCAUGAUCAAACUUAAGUUGAAGAAAACUACUGUUGAUGACAUUUCAGAAAGCCUGAGACAAGGUGGAGGAAAACUCAAUUUUGAUGAACUCCGGCAGGAUCUCAAAGGGAAGGGGCACACAGAUGCGGAGAUUGAAGCAAUAUUUACCAAAUAUGAUCAGGAUGGGGACCAGGAAUUGACAGAGCAUGAACAUCAGCAGAUGAGAGAUGACCUGGAGAAAGAGAGGGAGGAUCUGGACCUGGAUAGGAGCUCUCUACCACGUCCCCUGAGCAGCCGCAGCUUCCCCCGGAGCUUGGACGACUCUGAGGAGGAUGAGGAUGAAGACAGCGGGCACAGCUCCAGGAGGAGGGGCAGCAGCUCUAGUGGGGUUUCCUAUGAAGAGUUCCAAGUACUCAUGAGGCGGGUGGAUCGCAUGGAGCAUUCCAUUGGCAGUAUCGUCUCCAAGAUCGAUGCCGUUAUCGUGAAGCUGGAAGCCAUGGAGAGGGCCAAGCUAAAAAGGAGAGAUGUGUUGGGAAGGCUGUUAGAUGGAGUGACAGAGGAUGAAAGACUGGGCCGGACCAGUGAAAUCCACAGGGAGCAGAUGGAGCGGCUGGUGCGAGAGGAGCUGGAGCGCUGGGAGUCAGACGACACGGCCUCCCAAAUGAGCCAUCGGCUGGGAACGCCCCUGGGACUGAGCGGCCAACCACGCUCCAGGAGCUCCCGGCCAUCCUCUUCCCAGUCAGAUGGUGUUGAUGCAGGAGCAGGAAAUGGGGGGAACAACAUCCAUGUGUAGCUUGGGCUUUGUAGGUGAUUCCACGUUUCAGUAUUCAGCCAGCAAAUUUCCCAGCGUGAGGGGAUUGUUCUGAUCAGACUCCUGAGGACAUCUUUCACUGGUUUCAUCUUUCAUCUUUCACUCCAUAAAUCAUUUUCAGGCCUGUGUAAGCCACGUGUAAUGCCAGCAGUGAGAGUGUCACCCUUGGAAACAAAAAUGUUGGAAACUGAAUGGAUAGCAAGUGAGACAAAAUCUACCAGGACAGAAAUCUGAUUCCAUAAAAUAUUAUUGGGAACACUUGCACAAGGGCAGCAAGCUUCAGACAAAAUAAUGUGCAGUGGCUGGCAUACUAAGAGGCUAUUAAUUUUCUGCUUCCUCUUGGAAAGUACAAUUUUUAAAGGCUUUUAAAAGCAAAUUUUAAAAUAAUAUGGCAUCAGUUUGUCUUAUUCGUUAUAACAGCUGACAGGUAAAACAGACUUUUUUUAAAAUAUGAGUUUCUACUUGUCUUUCUGAGUUAUUCUUGGUAUAUUAGUAUUUUACUUAAUUUAAAAAAAAUUUUUUCCUGUUUUGAGAGGUCCAUUUCUUUAAGCAGAAGAAAGUGCAAUUAGUCUGUACAACUGUAAAUUGCAUCAUUCUGUGGUAGAAACUGAAUGCAUUAUAAGUAGCAUUUAGCAAGAAAUAUUUGAUAACUGCCUCCUCACACCCAACUAACAUAAUAAUUUUAAGCUAAGUUGCAAAGUACCCAUUCUUUAGUGCUGUCUUUUAAUGAUUUAAGUGUUUCUAGGAUAAACAUUCCAGAGGUUCUUAGAUAAGUACAGCUACUUUGCAGAAAAUACAUUAUUUAAAAGCACACAAAAUUGAAAACCACUGAGUUUUCCUUGGGUGUGACAGGGAAAGCGGCAGAGAAGUUUCUGACAGUUGGGAAAAUCUGAUCUUCUGCUGUGUGAAGUUCUAAUCACAUCUCAACAAUGUGGUCUGUAUUUACAUUUAACUAAACUGCUUGUGAAAUUAUUAGCUACAUUGUGAAAUGAUUUCUACACAGACUUCUGCUACACAGGAGGUACAACACAGGAUUCCUUUGAGAAGAUGUUUGUAUUAUAAUCACUGAUUUUUAGUAUUUAAUUCCCUCUGCUUUAUGUCAUAGAAGCUUUAUUUUUGAAAGGACAUGCAACGUUGAAAUUCUGUUGGUUUCCUAUAGAGAGCACCGAGGCAGUGUUUGCAUUUUGCCUAGGAAUAUGUCUCCAUAUGUGGAAUGCUGGCUUAGGUGGGAGGCCGUCAGUUGUGCUUUUUUCCUGAAGAUGGCAGUGUUCUGGUGUUUAAAGACUGAGAGCUGGUGAAAAAGAUAAUGGAAAGCUACAUAAUCAACCACAUCUCAGCUAUCAGUAGCUUAUGUAGAGGAAAAAAGGCCAGUUUAACAAAGUAUAAGUGGCAUGUGUUAUGUUGGUGCCUUCUGUUUCAACAAGCAGUUGGUAUCUCUCCAUUCUUGUGGUAGUGCUGCUUAGGCAAAGCUUCCAUGUUCCAUAUAUCCUUGCAAUGGCAUUGCCUGGAUGUGCAGUGUCUCAGAAUGCCUUUUCUCUAACCAGGGAACUUGCUAAAACUAAAUAGAAUUCACGCCUUUCCAUUUUUAAUUUUAUGAGAAACCAUACGCACAGAAACCUAAUUAAUGUAAGCUGGAAGAGGAGGAAAUUCAGUCGUGGAAUUUCAUAGUAGCUGUGUCUCGGGAACAGAAUUAUGUAGGAGCACAAGUUGUAGUUCUUGUGUGGGUUAUUUGGUCCUGUAUUGGGAAGAAACUCAUACCCUUUCACGAGAGUCCUCAUGAACUUGUGAAAACAGUGCACAGCACAGUGGGUAGGGCAUUUGUGUGGGAAGAGAGCAUCCAGAUUAAGCUCUCACUUGCCUUGAAUGAAGGGUUUUACACCCCAGAAACCUUUCUGAGGAAAGCUUUUCAGUGUUGAACUGCAUUUCUGACUGUAAACAAACAAACCAAAGAGAAACACCAGCUGUACACUUGGCCAUCUGGUGUGCAAGGAAAACAGAAAAUACUAUACCAAAGCAGUUUAAAUAUACAGAGCCUUGUCUUUAUAUUCAUAUCCAAAAUGUGUCUUUCAAAAUGUAAAUUCAGUCACUCAAUUCACCUUUCAUUUGUAGUAUAUGUUUAUUAUGAAAAUGUUUGCAUUAAUAGCUGUAUUUUUUGGGGUGUGUUUCUGUAACAUGUCGUUACUUGAUAACAAACUUCAUCUUGAAGUGCAGUAAGUUUCCAUGGGGUACCCAUGUGCUUUGGCAGUGGGCCUUGCAGUAAGUGCAGUGCCACUUCAUAAACGUUACAAACAUUUUAUUGAUGCAUUUUUCAGUUUAGAUUAUAAUAUCAUUUGUCACUUUUUACAAAGGUACAGUUUUUUGCAUAGUAAUGUACAAUGUUUGGUCUCAUUAGGAAGCUCUUAAUUAUGGAAGUCUUCUAGAAUGAUCAAGAAUGAGCACUUUACUUCCUAAUAAACAUUUUAUAUAAUCUA